CUCUUCUCCUUCAUCCUUUUUCUUCUCUUGUUCUCCAGCUAUCCACAGCACUCUCUCUCCUCUCUCCCUCUUUCUGACCCCGAAAAGAGGGGAAGAAGCAGCGAUGGAGAUGGCCAUCGACACGCCAUCGCUCGCGUCGCCGGCGCCAUCGGUGGCGGCAGGGCGGCAGACGCGCGCGGCGGAGUCGGUGCGGCUGGAGCACCAGCUGGUGCGCGUGCCCCUGGAGGCCCUCCGGUCCACCGUCCGCUCCAAUCACCGCCUCGCCGAGAAGGAGAUCGCCGCCGUCCUCUCAUCCGCCUCCUCCACACCCGUUGGGAGCAGCGCCGCCGCCGUCGACCACCUCACUUCCCUCGUCUCGCGCCUCCACGGCCUCAAGCGCAAGAUGGAGGAGGGCGCGCGGGCGGAGGAGCUGCAGGUGCAGAGGUGCCGGGCGCGGCUGAACCGGCUGUCGACCGUGAGCGCCUGCGACGACGUCGAGUGGGAGGACAUGCGGCUGAAGCGGAUCCUAGUCGAUUACAUGCUGCGGAUGUCGUACUACGAUACUGCCGCCAAACUUGCCGAGACUUCCGGUAUUCAGGACCUCGUUGAUAUUGAUGUCUUCCUAGAUGCAAAAAGAGUAAUUGAUUCUCUUCAGAAUAAGGAAAUUGCUCCUGCUUUAGCUUGGUGUGCAGAAAACAAGUCUCGGUUAAAGAAAUCAAAGAGUAAGCUCGAGUUUUUAUUGAGGCUUCAAGAGUUUGUGGAACUUGUCAAGGCUAAAAAUUUCAUACAGGCUAUAGCGUAUGCUCGAAAAUACCUUGCUCCCUGGGGAGCUACGCACAUGAAAGAAUUGCAGCGUGUUACAGCAACAUUGGUUUUUAGAAGCAGUACGAACUGUGCUACUUACAAGAUCUUGUUUGAUCAAAAUCGGUGGGACCAUCUUGUGGAUCAGUUUAAGCAAGAGUUCUGCAAAUUGUACGGCAUGACAUCAGAGCCGUUGCUGAACAUAUACCUUCAAGCAGGCUUGACAGCGCUCAAGACUCCGUUCUGCUCUGAGGGUAACUGCCCCAAAGAAGACCCCUUGUCGCUGGACGGCUUCAGAAAACUAGCUGAGCCUCUUCCGUUCUCCAAGCAGCACCACUCAAAGCUCGUAUGCUACAUCACCAAGGAGCUCAUGGACACCGAAAACCCGCCACGGGUUCUGCCAAAUGGCUAUGUGUAUAGCGAGAAGGCUCUUGAAGAGAUGUCCAAGAAAAAUGAUGGCAAUAUCACAUGCCCCAGGACAGGAGACGUUUGCAAAUUCGAAGAUUGCGUCAGGGCUUUCAUCUCGUAAUUGUGAGACUCUGAUUUGUGUGUCUUGGAGUCUGAAUGUACAUAGAAUGAUCAGCUGCGUCAUGUUAAGUUAGAUUGAGUUAAUCCUGCAAAGCAAAACUGGUUGGAAUGCUUCUUCUCCCUCUUGAUUGCCGCGUCUUUGAAGCUACCGUUUCUCAUGGUCAAGUGCCUGCCAAAGUGGAGUAAUACUCAUUGCCAUGCACAUUAUAAGUUUAAACAAAUUUAGUUGCAAAUUUACCCA